GGACGUGCAGUGAUCACCAGUAGUGGCAGUGGAUCAGUGAUUACCAGUAGUGCCGCCAAUCACGAGAAUUUCAACAUUUCAACUCAGAGACGAGUUUGGUGCAUGCAACAAAUAAUUGCAUUUGAUGAUUGAAAUUUCGUUGGGGUCCAACGACAGCCAGUAAGCAAUAGGCGAGGAAGAAGAAGAAUAGUUAAACAGCAUAGCGCGCACAAAGCAGAAGAGUAUCUCAUUUUAAGUGUUAAAGAAAGCGAACAGCGAAACAGCCGCAAUCUUCAUCAUCAACUAACGAGCGAAGACGCACGCGCACAUGCUUAGCCCUGCAAGUAUCUUUAGCACCUGCAGCCGAUCAUCGGUGAGCACAACCCAGAAAUUGCCAAACGCGCAGAAGUUAUAGCAAUCGGAAGAGUAACAACGAAAAUAGGCACCCAUUGCUAGACCAUCAGCAACAUAAUCAUCUUCAUCGUAAUUAGCAGCAGUCGCUGCGGUGGGCGCAGCCAGUAAAGAAAUGGCAGUGAUUCUUUUGUAUCUUCCGCACAGCUAACUUAAUGCUUCAGUUGUGCCGCGAAUUUCGGUAAAAGCGGCCGCUUAUUCUCUGCCAGAAAAAUGAAUAACAGUAAUGAGAAACGAAAUUCGUUAUUAAAUUUAUACGUUAAAUAAAAUUUCAUUCAAAGCGAUAUGCAAAUAAAAAAGUUAAAAAUUAAAAAGAAAUACAAAACAUUAACUCUUAAAAAUUCUACAAAUUAAUGCCCCGAAAAUUUCGCAUAUAAAUUAUUCGCAUAAAUUAAGAAAAAAAUUGAUUGAUGUGAUUUUAAUAAAUGACAACGAAAGCGAAGCUGCAUUAAAUAUUUAUUAAAUGCAAGAAAUUUGUGCAUAGUGAAAGUUUGAAUAAGGAAAAAAUAUACGUAAAAUUAAAAAAAAUUUCAAAAUGUCUCGACAUAAAAAUAUUUUAUUACCAAAAAUGUAUACACAAACAAAUUUAAUUUUACUGCUGCAAAUAGUUUUUGCUGCUCUCUCAUCGACGCUUACAGUGGAUAAUCAAUUGGUAUCAGCGCGAAACGACUGCUUUGAACGUAUUGCGUUGGAGGCAAUGUUGCCAUUCGAGAAGGCAUUCAACACCGAAGAUACCAACUCGUUGAAGAUGUGCAAGGAGAAAUGCAUACAGGCCGGCGAUAAAUGUCAAUCCAUUUCAUUUGGCGUGCAUCGACGCGGAAACGGCACCUGUCAGCUGUCAACACAAAAAUACAGCAUUUCAGGCGGUCGUCCGAGUGGCGUAAUUUUCGAUCCCGAUUUCGAUUUGUAUGCGCGCAAGUUAAACUGUUUCGAUUUGAGCGACAACACAAUUACGGACACUACAGUUGGUGGUGAUGAUGGCUAUGGUGGUUUGUUGCCUACAACUACGGUUCAGUUACCUAAUCGGCCGGCGGAUCCCGGCACCACGUUACUGGUCGUCAAUCCCACGCCCACGACGAGCACAACAUUUGCGUAUGAUCGACCCUCCACAGGCUACAGUCCCUCGCCAUCAACGAGUUACGGUACGACGCCAGGUUUAUAUACGGACAGCAUUAAUCCCACGCUGGGCGCUACGACUCCAAAUGGCGAUCGAUUAUAUUUCUCACAAGACAUCUACCCACCGCUGUAUAAACACCCUAUGCUGUAUGAACACAACUAUCCUGCGCCUAAUGACAACGUCUAUAUACCGGGUGGUUAUGCUUCGAAUGUGCCAGAAGUUGACGACCAUUAUCGGCCACCAAGUCAAUAUGCCAGCGAUGAUGCGCACACACCACCACAUGGGCCACCGCGUCCAGUUUUCGGCUUAGGUUAUGGCAAUGGAUUCAGUUAUGGACGCCCUGAAUCGUAUGAUCCGACAACAACGAGGCCGCAUGACCAAAGCGCGCAAACCGAUAGAGAUCGAGACCGAAAUCGACCUGGUGGUUACACCACUCAACCUGGUUCAUAUGCUGACCGUGACCAUCCAGAACGCCCAGGUAGCUACCCCAGCGAAAGACCCACUUCCUAUGCUAGCGACCGUCCUGAUAGGCCUAGUGCAUAUCCGAACGAUCAUUCCGACAAACCGAGUGCUUAUCCUAAUGAUCGGCCCGAACGACCAGGUUCUUAUGCCAAUGAACGUCCAGAUCAACUUGGCUCUUACCCUAAUGAUCGACCCGAUCGACCUGAUCGCCCACUGGGCCCGCCAAACGGACAUCGUCCGACGAGACCUGAUUACGACCCCAUGACAACAUCUACUUAUUACACACGUCCCGAGUAUGAUGAUCUGAAUAGGCGGCCCUCUUAUGAACAACGCCCUUCCUCGUCCGCACUACCACCAUCAUUGACCAAUGGACCUCGUCCACCAGGCGAUUUUGUGGAUUACACCAAUCGACCGGAUCCACCAAAUGGCAUGAGCACAUCAAUGCGCCCGCCAAUGCGUGAACCGGGCAUGUCGGGUAGUACGGUGCCAAGUGGAUAUGGUAGUGGACCAAAUGGUGAUUAUGGCUACGUGCGACGAAACGGUACAGCUGCGCGUCCAGAUGGUGGUUACGAUGGUGAUAAAACAAUAGCGACGUACUUCAAUCCAGAGGACUACUUACAUGGCGACAGAAAGCGUCCAGGCAAUGGUUAUGAUGAUCGGGGGGAAAGCAGUUUUAGUAUGGAUAAAAUGAAAGCCUGUUUCCGGCGUGUACUGGCUGGCAAGCGCAUUUCUCCGCGCUGGGUACGACGCACAUUUGCCUGUGAACGCGUUGAGGAUUGUAUGCGUCAGUGUGGCAUUGAGAAACGUUUCAUGUGCGAAGGUUUCAAUUAUCGUCUUGAUCCAUCCGGUCAUGGUCAGGGCGAUUGUGAGCUAAUCGAAAUACCGCUGGCCCAAAUCGAUGUAUACUCCAGUUCUAGUCAACGUGACUCGAAUCUGCUGAGACAUCCCGACUACGACUACUACGAACGCGAUCGCAAUGCGCCGUCCAGCUGCAGACGUUCGGCGUGUCGUGAAUGUUCAAAAGGUGGCACGUUAAGCAGUCCGCCAUUGUAUUUUAAACCUAGUGGUUGGGCUGACAAGCCACCAUAUCGUGAAGAUCAUCAUUACUUACCAUCUCCACCUAGCGCUAGCGGCUAUGGUAGCGACGAACAUCGUUAUCGUCCACCCAGCAGCACUGCCAUUGAUCACUAUCAACCAUCAGGACCACCACCACCGUCUUUGUCAUCUGUUUCGUAUGAUCAUCGACCACCUCUACCACCACCACCGUCAUCGUCAUCGGAGUAUCAUCAUUCCAGCGGGUUUGAAUUCUCUUCGCAUGGUUCAUCUUAUUUCGAGCAUACACCACCGAGCGGUUAUGGCAGCAGUGGCACAGGUUCAGGCCCAAUCGAUCGCUACGAUUAUAUACGUCCGGAGGAUCAUCAUCGUUAUCGGCCAGGUAGACCGGAUCGUUGGGAAUCUAUACCCAGUAGUCCUGGCUAUGAGAGUGCGCAUUAUCGUCCGCGGCCUGAAAGCGAUCGAUUUCGUCCACCCUACAGGCCAGGUCCCGAUUACUCUCCAUAUAGGCCAGGUUCGCACGAACUAAGUGGACCAUCGGCACCAUCAAGCUCAUAUCGACCAGGUCCACCGGCACCACCAUCUACACACAACUAUUUAGACCGUGAUGGUCCACCGCCAAGCAGUUAUAAAGGCUCCACAAAAUAUAUACCCUACCUCAUUGGCCAGGAGAAGGAUUGGGGCAGCUAUGGCGGUAGUUACGGUGGCAGCUAUAAUAAACAGUCAUCCUACUGGGGAUUAAAUGAAUACAAUCGGCGCAGAGAUCCGCUUGAUUUCAAUUACUUUGAGUUGGGUGGUUCAAAGCGCGGGCCAACGCGUGAACCAAACUCUGUGCUAAGCUAUCCUGGCUCAAGCUAUGGCGGAUACGGCGCAGAAGGUUUCAGAGAUCGACACGAUUACAGGCAUUCGUGGACAAGACGCCCGGGACCAGAUGAGUGCUCAGCAAAGAUUGGUGAAGGUUUCCGGCUACACAAAACAGCCAUAAAGCAUUCCUCUACUGUGCCAACACUUGUGGAGUGCGAACGUUUGUGUUCGGGUCAAGAUGGUUUCACCUGUCAUACGUACAGCUAUCGCUACAAUCAAGCGGGACGUGAUAAUUGCAUGCUAUGCGAGCGCCCCAUCAACUCGUUGGACUAUUACGUGGAUAUUGAACCUGAUAGGGACUACGACAUUUACUCGAUGUCCGAUGAUAUGGAUGCUUGCCGCAAACCGUCACGUAACGAUGGCCCGGGUCGUUAUGGAACCGGACCUGGAACGGCGCUUACAGAUACGCAUAACGCACAGUGUUUCUUCCGCGCUAUCGAUGCCACACGUUUCUUCAAGUCCAUUGUGCGCGAUUCGUUGACAGUUCGCUCGGUUGGCGAAUGCGAAAUGGAAUGUAUUAAAUCGGUCAAAUUCACAUGCCGUGCGUUUGCUUAUCGUUACGGUCAACAGCGACAUGCAAGCGUCAUUGAUAACUGCCAACUGAGCGACUGGCCGGUCAGAGAUAUGGACAAGGAGCGUCAUCUGAUACAGGAUGCGGUAUUCGAUGUGUUCGAGCGUGCGAGUUAUGGUCAUGGCUGUGAAAUACAACCGAUUGUGGAUGAGAAACAUAAAAAAUCAGUUUGUUACUUGGGAUAUGGUUCGCCGGCGAAACUACUCUCAACAGCUAUUAAGAAAGUGAUCUCUGUGCCGUCUGAGCUGGCUUGCAAAAAGGAGUGUAUACGCUUUCGGGAAACCACAUCGUUCAAGUGUUACUCUUUUAGCUAUGGUUCUCGCGCCACUUCCUACAAUUGCGAGCUUUCGGAUCUCGAUCAGACUGAGCUCAAAAUAAAUGUCCACUACACGCACACCGAUGACCGCGACUACUGGCUCUUCGCUUGGAACCCCUUUGAUUGGACCUGCCGCGACAAAGUGAACACGAUAGGCGGAUCCCGUGUAAACAACGAUCGCCGCAUGGAUAUAUUCCGUGAACCGGGAGAUGUCGCUUGGCGCCAUUAUACCGUCGCCGGCAAGGCGUGUCGCACGAGCAGUCCAUGUGAAAAAAAUAUCGUAACUGGCUUCUAUUCGUGUGAGAUCGAUGGCGGCGAAAUUGGCUCGUGGGAUUAUUGCUGCAAGGCUGAGCACCCCUGUGGCUACUCGCAGGGGUUCGAUUAUCCAUGGUGCUUUGUGGGCGAUGAAGCCGAUCAGUGGCGUAAAUGUAGCGAUCGUUAUUAUCCUGGCAAUAAAACAACGACGACGUCCAUCGCACAAACACAUUCCAGCAUUAAAUUUUCGACUCUCAAAAGCGACAAGAAGAAACAUGCCAGCGAUAAUAGCAGUUCGAAUAAGGAAUAUCAACGACCGCCACGUCCUGGUGGCUUGCAAUCAUUGAGCGAUUUUGCUGCUGCGCGCCUCUGGCCAGUUACAUACCUGUACAGUGAGGGUCCGCCAAAUUCCACAGAGUUCAGCAACUUUGUUGACUGCAACAAGGAGUCGUGCUAGCGGCGCGCCAACUUGUCUACAUAGAAUACACAUCCCCACAAAUAGUGACUUGUAGUUGAGGCAGUUAGACACCACCGAGACAAAAUGGUAGCACAACCACAUUUUGAACGUUGAUAUCUGCUUUUUUCUGAAAGAAAAAAAAAUUAUAAAAAAUCUGUGUGAUUUUUCACUUCCUCUCUCAUUCAGCUUACACUUUAUGGCCCUAAAAUUCAAUUAGCUCUAAAACUGCACACCAAAACGCUUUCUAGAAACUUUAAUUAAAAACUGUGGAAUCCAAAUGAAAAGUUUGAUGAGAUUUUCUAAUUUUUAUAUAUUAUUUUAAAAUUGUAUUUAUAUGGUUUUUGUAAGGCAAUAAGCCAUACUUUUAUACAAAGCAAUGAACAUUCAAAAAAACUAAAGCAACAAAGAAAAAUAUUAAAAAUAUUCAAAACUGUUGAUGUGUCACCAUUUUGUCGCGUGAUGUAACAUUUGUAGGUAUUUUGCAUCCAAAAAUUAGAGAUCAAAAAUUCAUAAGAAAUAAUUUAGAAAAAAAUGUGAUUUUCUAAGAGAUUUGCAGAUUUAGAAAGGCAGGUGAUUGCAUUUAUUGAAAAAUUAAAUUAAUAAAUCCACAACUAAUUUAUACACACAUACAUACAUACAUAUUCGUAUGUAUGUUGCAAAUUUACUGCUCCAAGUAGAUCUAACUUUAGGAAACCUGCUAGAACUAAAAUGUAAUAAUAGUAAUAAGCAUUAAUGUGUCGCUUCCAAUGUAGUUUUAUAUUUAUUUAACGUGAAAUAAAAAAUAAUU